CCUAACGCAAACUUUAAACAAUAAUAAGUAGUAAUACCGUUCGCUAAGGAGCGGCGUCAAGCAAAAAUAUAAGCCCAAAUAUUGAAGAGUCCAAUCAAUAACUAAAACAUUAACGAAACUAAAGCGGAAAAAAAAUAUUAUUAAGCUGAAACUGAACUUUGAGUGAAACAGUUUUUGACUUUGAAGAGCAAGGGGAAGGAAACUAUUAUCAGAGAGAAAAGCGUCAGAGGCAGGAGCAUUUCACCGCUAAAAAAAAGGUUGACAGUAAAAGGUCUAGCGUAAAUGAUACCACACACAAGAAAAACAAAAUUGACUAAACAAUUAAGUCUUAGAAUUAAAUUCAAAAAUGAACGCACGCUCACAGAUAUUUGAUCUAACCAUGGAGGGUCGACAGGUGGACGAGGCAGUGGCCAGCAUCUUCCACACCGUGCUGUUUCAUCGCUGUUUGGGCAAAUAUAUGUAUACUGGAGAUGCGCAAUACUCUAUUGGUACUGUGGGAUAUUCAGAUGUUGAUUGUGAUUUCAUUGACUUCACAUAUGUGUGCUGCACUUCAGAUAGCCUUACGCGUAAGGUCAAGCGUGCUAUUAAUAUGUUCAGCGAAAAGUUGCGCUCAAAUGAGAGCUGCGGUUCCGGGCAAAUAAGCUUGGAGUUUUUCCAGAAAAAGAAAAAUCGCUGGCCGUUGUUUACACAGGAGUCAAUACCGUGGGAAGUAUGGACAGUUCAUCUGGAUUUAAUCAAGCACGAGAACGAAGACGAGCGUCAGCUUUGCCGCGAAAAUGUAUCAGAUCUGCUUACCGAAAAGGUUAUAUAUAUAACAGAACUAAUGAACCGACACGACUAUGUGCCGAAGACUCCAAGCCAAAGCGAGCUAGAUCUCAUUUUCGACACUUCGUUUCCCGAUGUGCAGCCGUAUUUGUUUAAAUUUGAUUAUUCCACUUCUGGAUCGAAGGCACCCUCAAUGGGAAAUGCAAUGAAAAAGAUCAUCAAAGAGACGCUUGCCAUGUGACUGGCUGGCGCCUGAAAUUCUGUGCGGUGAACCCUACGGCCAUGCAGUGGAUUGGUGGGCCUUGGGCG